AUGUGGGUGCCGUCUUCUUCGAUGGCAGCUGAGAUCAAUGCGACGGGCUUCGACGACGCAAAUUUGCCCGGCCUGCGGCUGCCAAAAAACCUCAGAGCCACGGCCGACGCUGCGGAGGCCGCUGCGGGAGCGGACUUGUUGAUUUUGGUGGUCGCGAGGGAGAACAUGGCGGAGGUCGUCGAGCAGCUCAAGGGAAAGGUCAAAAGCACAGCUACUGCCGUUGUGAUGUCGAAAAUCCUCAUGCCGGACCCGCUUUCGAAGGAGAAGGGCGACAAGGGCUCGGGGCUCCACUUCGGGAGCGAGUUCGUGAGCCAAGCACUGGGAAUUCCAGCAGCCGUGCUGAUGGGUGGGACGCUGGCUGCAGACGUUGCUCGUGGGUACUUUGCGGAGGCCACUCUGGGCUGCAAGGACCCAAAGGUGAGCGAGGUCUUGCUCGAGCUUUUCAACAAACCGAAUUUCUCGGUCAGCAGCCUACCCAGCCCAACGGCCGUGGAGCUUUUCGCGGUCUUGAAGGCCAUCAUUGCCGUGGGUGCAGGGUUCUGCGACGGCCUCGAGUUGGGUCACAACUCCAAGGCGGCAGUCAUCCGCCUUGGUGCAGUGGAACUGGCAAAGUUUGCUAGGCGAUUCUACCCGGAGGAGGCAUCAAAGGAAGCCCUGACGGAAGCGUGUGGCAUAACCGACAUCAUUGCAUCCAGCUAUGGGGACUCGCGGACGAGGCGCUGUGCGGAGGCCUUCGCCCGGGAGCCGCAGAAGGGCUGGGACCAGGUCGCUCGGGAGAAGCUGCGGAGUGGGGAGCCAGCGGGCAUCGCCGUUCUGCGGACGUGCGCAGCCUUCGUCAGGUCGCAUCGUGCUGAAAGCGACUUCCCAUUCCUAGCGCGCGUGGACGAGAUCUCUGCUUCGAGGGCAGCGCCAGCGUCGCUGACGGAGAUGGCGAUUCCCAGGGUUCGCGCUUCGAAAGCCCUGAAGGUGGCUGUGCUCGGCUCCGGCAACUGGGGCUGUGCUAUUGCCAAGAUCAUCGCUCGCAACGCGUUGAGGCGUACCGAGUUCCAGAAGGAUGUGGCCAUGUGGGUUCACGAAGAAACUGUCGAAGGGCGCAAGCUCACUGACAUUAUCAACGAAGAGCACGAGAACGUGAAAUACCUUCCAGGAGUUGAGUUGCCGCACAACCUGCAUGCCGAGUCCGAGGUGACGACGUGUGUCCGGGACGCUCACAUCCUGGUCUUCGUACUGCCGCACCAGUUCUUGCCUGGAUUGCUGAAGUCCAUCAAGGGCGCCGUGCUCGCGGAUGCUGUGGGCGUCUCAUUGGUUAAAGGCUACCUGGAGAUCGAUCGACAAACAGGUUCGUUGACCACCGGAACACAGCUCAUUGAGGCUGAGCUUGGCAUUCCCUGCGCCGUCUUAAACGGUGCCAAUGUGGCCACCGAUGUGGCCCACGACCAUUUUGCAGAGGCCACCCUUGGCUGCACAAGCGACCAGUCCCAGGUGCUUUGGAACCUGCUCAACACGCCGCAGUUCAGCGUGCGCACCACUCCUGACAUCUUGGGGGUGGAGCUUUUUGGGGGUCUGAAGAACGUGGUCGCCCUGGCUGCAGGCUUCUCCGAUGGGCUCGGCUUCCCGCCUAACACCAAAGCAGCUAUCCUGCGGCGCGGACUGCAAGAAAUGGCCCGGCUCAUCAAGGAGCUCUAUCCCAGCUCCUCCCCAGACACUCUGCUGGAGAGCUGCGGGUUGGCUGAUCUGCUGACCACCUCCUACAGCGGUCGAAACCGUCUGUGUGCCGAGGCCUUUGCGGUUGCCUCUGGGACGAAGAGUUGGGAGGACAUCGAGAAGGAGCUCCUCCAGGGCCAGAAGCUCCAGGGGCCCAGCACCUGCGCGGACGUCUGGGCAAUGAUUGAGAAGCGGGGUCUUGAGAACAAGUUUCCGCUCUUCACCGCGAUCCAGAGGGCGGUGACCAAAGAGAUCACCCCGGAGGGUGUUUUCAAGUGCAUUGGGCUAGUGUCUGCCACUUGA